AUGGGGUCCACUGUGGGGUUGGUGUACCUGCUUCUUAUGCUAUGUUCCUUGGGGGGCUUUGCAUUCGGGGGGUGUGCGGGUCACUGUUGCCGUGGGAGAGAUAUGAACUGCCUGACGACUGACUGGAGAAUGGACAGAGUCUACGGGACGUGCUACUGCGAUGAAAGCUGUGGGAAGACCAGGGACUGCUGCUUUGACUACUUCACAGAGUGCCCAGCUCAGGACUGUGCGGUGAGCGACUGGAGCUUUUGGAGCGGCUGUGCCAAACCGUGCCAGCCCUCGAUGCGGGUCCGAGUGCGACACACGGAGAGGCAGCCUUCCAACGGCGGAGAGGCCUGUCCCGCGCUGGAGCAGAAGGCCGGCUGCCGGGAGUACAGGGACCACACCGGCAAGACCUGUGGAGCCCACUCAGGCCCAGCGUUCAUCACCAGUAUGGAGUUUGCCAAAGGUCGGCCCAAGCAUGACAGCUAUGGAAACCCCCUGCAGCCUGGGUUCUGUGUGGAGUUCCUGCUGGAGUCGCGCUCGCCUCACUGCUCUCUGCAGAGCCGGCCGCACACUCACUGGAUGCGGUACAUCACAGAGGGCUUCAGGGUGUGUGUGGCCUGUGAGCCCCCCGCCAUGAGCAACCACAGCGCCCGGUGCCACGGAGACGGACACGGCACACACAAAGAGGCUGUGCUACACUGGCAGGCGCUGGGGAGUCCUCAGUGCAGUGGGACGUGGAGAAGAGUUCAGAGGACCAAGCACUGCCACUGCCCACCACAACACAGCUUUGUUUUCAUCUGA